AUUCAUCGACAAAGCUACAAUACAUCACAACCAGUCCGAGCAAUAAUGAGUAAUGAGAGCGAGCUUUCGAGCGCCGUGACGAGCGCCCUAUUGGAACUCUAUCAGCGCCACCAUGAGCCCAUGGAUUCGCAGCCGAUGGCGGGAGUGGGUGAGAAUGCCUACGGACAGGUCCUUCGCGUCAGUUGGCCCACCGUUCCCGAGGCGGCCAGUCUAGUGGUCAAGAUGGCGCCCAAGAACGAGGCCCGGAGGUCCCACAUGCACGUUGUGGACUACUAUGCGCGUGAGGUCUUCAUGUACCAGGAGGUAUUCCCCAUCUUCAAGAACCUAUCAGAAUUCACAGUGACGCCCGCACUGAAGGCUCCAGAUGAGUUCCUCAUCUUCGAGGAUCUAUCUGAGAGUGGCUUCAGGCCCAACUCCCGCAGCUCCAUGCCCACCUAUGACAUUGUGAUUUGCUCUCUGACAGCUCUAGCGGAGCUGCACGCCUGCUCGUUUAUCCUGCAGAAAAGGGAUCCGGAAAAGUUUAGAGAGCUUGUGGCAUCCGUGAAAAAGGAUAACCUCUUCACUCCCAAUGUCGAGGAGGUUACCAUUGAGUUUGGUAAGGCGCAGUUGCGAAGGGCGCGCAAUAUACUGGAUGACACGGAUGGAGACCAUGCGGAAGUCGCUGCCAUGCGAGAGGUCCUGGAGCGUUGUGAAAAGUAUUUAAAGUCCUUGGCGCUCUAUUGCGUGGAUGGGAAAUCCCAGUCACCGCAUGCUGUCAUCUGCCACGGUGAUUUUUGGAAUAAUAAUAUCCUAUACAGACAUGAGCCUCUUGGCCGACCUGUGGAAGCCAAGCUCAUUGACUUCCAAAUGUCCCGAUAUGCACCGCCAGUGCUGGAUAUAGUCCACUACCUCUUUGCCUGUACGGAGAAACAAUUGCGGGAUGAACACUUUCCCGAAUUUAUGAACGCGUACUACAACACCUUGGACCAACGAUUAGCCUCUUGUGAUCUUCGUCUCGAGGAGAUAUAUCCACGCAGCGUCUUCAACCGCCAAUUACAACUCUAUGGAGUUUACGGCCUAAUAAUGGGCGCCUUUUCACUUCCCUUCUUCAUUUCCAAUGCGAACGAAGUGCUUGAUAUAGAUACGGUAUCCGAAGCCAUCCAGGAUCUUUCGGAUUCCUCCGACGAAUCCAAGUACAAGGACCUGAUUGAGGAAUACGAAAUGCUUAAUGAGCGCACAUUGCCCAUUUUCAAACGCCGAAUACUGGGGAUAGUCAAGGAUUUAAUCAAAUAUGAGAUGACCGAGCCGCUUUUUAAGAUGGACUCCUAGCCAAAGGGCUUCAGUAUUAUGACAACCCAAAUAAAAAAGAACAUUUACUAUACCAAACAUAGAGGUAUAGAAAUCGUUUUGGAUUUUUAA